UAUUGGGGUCUCUGUGCCUCACGCGUAAUCUGGGAAGCACUGGUGCCGAUCGUGUUUUCUGCCCACUCAUGCUAUGGCUACCAUCAAGCAGUCACGGACAAUGUCCUUGUGAUGCAGUCUUUCGUGGGCGCUUUCCCUUUGACCGACACAGUCAAUACCACAGGCGCAACAGAGGAACAUAACUCUACCAUACAAGGCGUCUCAGUAGCACUCUUCAAUCUCGGCUCCUCCGUAGGUGCCCUUCUUUGCAUGAAAUUUGGAGAUCUACUUGGCCGCCGCAUGACGAUCUUCGUCUCCGCCAUCAUUACUAUCAUGGGUACCAUACUCAUGGCAUCUUGGUUCCAACUAGCUCAGCUCAUUGUAGCUCGCCUAAUACUCGGUGUUGGAAGUGGAGGGUACACAGCCACGAUUCCUAUGUCGGGUGUGCAGCAUCGCGGGUCAUUUAUCAAUGCUGAAGGUAUCUUCAUUGGUGUUGAGAUUGUGAUCGCCUUGCUGAUAGAGCUGGGGCUGUUUUUCGUGAAUGGGUAUUCAGUCAGCUGGCGGUUUCCGUUCGCGCUGCAGAUCGUCUUUCUCGUAGUGGUCGUGGCGUUGGUGUUCACCCUGCCAGAAUCUUCAAGUUAA